AGAGAAAAUAAGGAUGGAAAUGAAAAACAGCAUACAUGGGGAUUGAGACGCCUCAAAUAUCUAUUUAUAGGCUUAUUCUUGUCGAUCAUUAUUUUUCUAAAUCACUGUUCGACAUUUUAAUUCUAGGUAUCGGCUAUAAAAACGGUGCUUUGGUCAUAUUUCACUCCUGCUUAUGCAUUCUGAUAUUUCAUGUCCUUCAGUAAUUAUGAAUCCAUGUCCACUGUGUGUUUGUAAAUAUUUCCAGGAUGUCUCACCAUCUUCUCACCCACCCACCCUGGCUCAUGUGACUGGGAUACAUGUGACUGGGACACAGCUUUACAGUGCUUCACUCCUCCCUCUGUUUCCCCUCCUCCUCCUCCUCCUCCUCCUCCUCCUCAAACCCCCCCUCUCCCUUCCCUUCCCACUCCUCUCCUUCAUUCUGUCAGUGUUUAGCCUGUGGUUCCCUGCACCACAGUGGAUCCUGGGAGAGCCUUCCCGCCUCCUCCUCCUUCCUCUCCUUCUCCUUUUGCCUCCCUUUUGCCUCCCCUCUGCUCCUUUCCUGGACGUGCUUUUGGGAGUGACUGAGCGCUCCCUCUGCGAGACUGAGUGUCACUUGAGGUGACCCAGAAAUGAUAACUCCAGAUGAACCCUGGAUGUGUGGUAAUCUAACCACCAUGCCCUAGGAGCCAGGCAGCCAGGCAGGCAGGCAGGCAGGCAGGCAGGCAGGCAGGCAGGCAGGCAGACAGGCAUCCUGGGCUUGAUGCUGUAUCUGUGGUUUCACUGUUGAACCAAGCAUGCUGCAGAGCCUGUCUGGGUAUCAUACUCGGAGAAUGCUGUGUUCACGGUACGUGUUGUGGUACACAGUGAAAUGGAUCUCAGUGCCGUUGCAUUAUUGAUGAGAUACAUUGUGAUGUCAGCCCAGGCGGAAGGAGCAGAGCAAAAUGACUGUUAGCAGUAUGGCACAUGAUCAUUUAUGCAACCAGUACAGAGGUGUAAUUAAUUGUCACCCUUUGCUCUCAUCCCCAGUGCUCACUCACACAAUAUUACAUUCACUUGGUGUCAGCUGAAAUCCAUCUAUACCUCAGUGUUGGCCAGCGUGAUUUGGUUUAGGACACCCUGUCUACUGGAUGACCUCCAGUAAAUAUAAAAUUCAAGUGGCGGCACCAUGCACUUUAAUCUAUUUUAUAUUCUGUUAUCACUUCUAUUAUUAUUUAAUGGUUUGCAGUCAUGUUGUUUGGCCUGUCAGGUGAAUAAUAAUCCAAUAAUGUACGAGGAAGUUACACCAAUACAAAUAAAAAAGAGAACAUUAUAUAAUAAAGUAAUGAAUAUUUGUUUUACCACCUUAAAUUAAGGAAAUACAGCCUAAUUAGAGGCCAGGCACAAUCAAGCCAUCUUCAAAGCAUAAACAAUAUUAAUAUUUACUAAAAAACCUGACAUUAUUAAAUAGUGGUAAAUUUUUCAUCAACCAAAUUUCUUUAUUCAUUAGAUGUUGCAACAUGAGGCCAAGUGUGUGCUGAAUGGUUCCUAGCUAAACACAGCCAACGCUGCAUUGAAUUUAUAUGACGUUUUUCAGCUGUAUUCUUCAGGUGAGACAGAUGGAGAGACAUACAUCACAGUUCAGAGGAAAUGAAAUAUGAACCCAAGGAUGAAAUUAUUUUGAUAGUGUUGCUAUAUUUGGAGGAUUCAUUCAAUAUAACCAGUGGAAAAACAGAACCGAGACAGGGCAUGCUUAUAAGAAUUACCUUGGAAUUAUUGUUACAUAGAGCACUUUUUAACGUCUGUGCUGUUUUGAUGGCUUUUCAUGUGAAGAUAAAAUCUAUGGUUUUAACUAUUUGCCGAUUGGUUUGGAUUAGUAAACUCACAUAGUUAAAAACGCGUAAAAUUCCAAAAUUAUUUAGCACUUUUAUUUUGGAAAUGAUUUCGAUUUGUUAUCAAUAUCAAAUCGUUUUUUCAGGAGGCUCUGUGUCUCUGUGCUACACCUAUUUGUCAGACUGAUUGAUCUACUUUGACUAUGGACCUAUGUACCUCUGAACCUCUGCUCUCACAGCAGUGAAAUUACAGCUGUGAGCGCACUCAGUUGACUUGAAUCUCAUGCUGUAUCAACUCAUGCAUUUGCGUUAAGUGACUGUGCAUUUUGUGAUUGUAAUUUUAAGAGCAAUAUGUUGCUUUAUCCCACCAAUAACUGUAGCCUAACGGUCAGCUCGUCUUUUGGGGGUUCAAAUAUAACUUUUAAGUUCUGAAUUCACAUACAAAGCAAAUGAAGACGUGGCGUUUAAAGAGGGGGGAAACAAUCAGAUUUUACUGAAAUAUUCCUAAUGGUUGUUGUUUGCCAUUUGGCGACCACCGACUCCAGAUUAUGUAGUUUAUCCUUCUUUAAUUUACGACUACAUCACACAUCCUACAUGCUGAGUAGGCCAUUGGCUCAUGGCUGCCCAUUUUCUGUGCGUUGUGUGUGUGAGUGUGUGCUGUGCUGUGCUUGUGUUCAGGGCUUGCCUGUGUGCAUACGGGAGAGGAAUAUUUAAAUGUCUCGUGUUUUAAUUGACGCUCGAACUGGAACUGUAAGCUCAGAAACGAGGAACAGCCCCCAUCUACCGGCAGCGUCUCCUCUGUCUCCUCACUGCGCGCAGUCCGGAGCUCCUCAGCCUGCGCGCUGCACAGGGAUCUCUCACACAGCACUGCCUCAGAGCCUCAGAGCCCAUUUGGAUGCGCUGAGAGAGCGGGGCGCAGCGCUGCAGUUCAGUAUAUGGAAGUUGUGGGCUGCAAGACAGAGGCAGGCAGUUGCACGUUGCGUCCAGGACCGGGAGCCAUGCUUUUCCACGGGAUCUCCGGGGAUCACAUCCAAGGGAUCAUGGAGGAGAUGGAGAGAAGGUCGAAAACGGAGUCGCGCCUGGCGAAGGGCAUGCAGCUCAACGGGAGAGAGUCGACCAUGCCUUCUAUGAGCCCGGAGAAGCCUGCUCUGUGUGCCGGCUGUGGCGGCAAGAUUUCGGAUAGAUACUACCUCCUGGCCGUGGACAAACAGUGGCACCUGCGGUGUCUCAAAUGCUGUGAAUGUAAACUAGCGCUGGAGUCGGAGCUAACGUGUUUUGCCAAGGAUGGGAGUAUCUAUUGCAAGGAGGAUUACUACAGAAGGUUCUCCGUGCAGAGGUGCGCGCGCUGCCACCUCGGGAUAUCGGCCUCGGAGAUGGUAAUGCGGGCGCGCGACUCCGUGUACCACCUGAGCUGCUUCACGUGCACCACUUGCAACAAGACGUUGACCACGGGCGACCACUUCGGCAUGAAGGACAGCCUGGUGUACUGCCGGCUCCACUUCGAGACGCUGGUCCAGGGACCGGACUACCACCCCCAGCUCAACUUCGCCGAGCUGGCAGCCAAGGGCGGCGGGCUCAGCCUGCCUUACUUCAACGGCACCGGCACGGCACAGAAGGGAAGGCCGCGCAAGAGGAAGAGCCCGGCCAUGGGGAUAGAUAUACCCAGCUACAACACAGGCUGUAACGAGAACGACACCGAUCACUUGGACCGGGACCAGCAGUCCUACCCUCCAACGCAGAAGACCAAACGCAUGCGGACCUCCUUCAAGCACCAUCAGCUGCGGACAAUGAAAUCCUACUUUGCCAUCAACCACAACCCAGAUGCCAAGGACUUAAAGCAGCUGGCCCAGAAAACAGGCCUCACUAAGAGAGUUCUACAGGUUUGGUUCCAAAACGCAAGAGCCAAAUUCAGAAGGAACGUUUUGCGACAGGAGAAUGGAGGUGUUGAUAAGGCUGAUGGCACCUCACUCCCUCCACCCUCAUCUGACAGUGGGGCGCUGACCCCCCCCUCCAGCGCGGCCACACUAACAGACCUGACAAACCCCUCUAUCACUGUAGUGACCUCCGUCACCUCUAGUUUGGACAGCCAUGAUUCGGGGAGUCCUUCGCAAACUACCUUGACAAACCUUUUCUAAGAAGCUAUCUCUAGCAGACUGAUUUUUUUAUAUGAUUUUAUUUGUUUUUUGGUUUUUCUUUGUUUUUUAUUUUCUUUCCUCAAUUUACAUUUUAUUUUUUUAAGUGACACCUUUAAAUCUACCAGAGACAGCUCCUUGGAACAGAAAGUGCUGUACUGUGUACACAAACAAGAACAACAAGAGCAAGAACAGCAGCGACCACAUUAAAACACAAGGAAAUCAUUUUAAUGUGUAGCAUUUGAAACCGCAUGGCAGCCGUGUCUGUAGUUGACUUACAGUAUGCAGAGAUUGAUUUUGGACAUUUUUGAAGAUGAAGGCAUAAGAAAAUUGUCAUGGACUCCACAAUUCAUUGGAAAAAAUAACUAAACUUGAACUUGUCUGGAAAUCUACGUAGAUCUUUUCCUUGAUUUGACUUUAUUUGUACAUUUGUAUUGAAUUAUGAUAAAAUAAGCCCUACCUAAUUUAUGGUUAAUUGGUAAAUUUUAAAAUAAUAUGAAUAUUUUGCCCUCAGAAACCUGUAUAUGUAUGCACUGUGUUCGCACUAUCCAAUUUAAAGAUUUUUUUUUCUGUUUUGAAAUAAUUUGGGAAAUAAACUUGUAGAAUGUUCUGUAUAUGGAUAACUCCAGAAAACAGGCUUUAAUUAUUUCCGAAUGUUUCGGUCUUUAAGACUGAGUUGGAUGGAAUCAGACAUUGAAAUAUCUCACAGAGCUACAUGUAAAACAUCUAAAUUGCAUUAUAAGCACCUAACCAUUGCAGCUUGUAUGGCAUUUAGAUGCUGAAAUCGCAUACGUUUUUGUCUUGAUUCACAAAUCUACUGUGAUAAAGAGAAAGAAGUAAUUCCUACAAUCUGUACAGUGGUAACUGUUCAACAUGUAAUGCAGUCCCAUAAUAAUCAAAAAAUCAGCAAGAGAAAUUUGGAUUGGAGAACAGUUUAUGGACACUGUUGUAAUCGAUUGUUUUCAAGACAGAGCACUUUCUCGGAAUUGUUGGCCUCAUAGAUUAACCGUAGUCAAAUGGAUAAAUCCUAGUAAACAUAUCCAUAGAUCCACAGCUAAACUCAAUUGCACAGUGACAAUAUACUGCCCAGUGAAAAGUGCAUUAUUGUUUUUAUCAUGUUGCUCAGGGUAACGAUGUGAUUUUAAAAAGGGAAAAGGAGUAGGGGUGAGAAAUUAAGUGGUUGCGACGUUGCAGACUAGAUUUGUAGAGCUGACAUGAACAUUCAAAUGACCUCAGAUAGGUGGAGUCGUAAGAGGCAGCCAGUGGGAAAUCAUUGUCCAUGUGUUCUCCUUUUUGGCCAUAUUUAUACUUUCUUUAAUGACACUUGCCACUGAACAGACCAAAAACAUGUUUCUUCUGGCUGAAAGAGAGAGAGAGAGAGAAAAGAAAGACAGAGCAAAUCUUCAAUGGAGUUGAUACAUUUCAUUGUGAGCGUCACAAUUUGUUCUAUUGUAGAACAAAGUGGUACUCUAAAUCUACUUAAUGAAGUAGAUGCCUAACUCAGUUCUACUAUGUGCCUUAUGCUAUAACUUGGGAGAAAGUUUGUGAAAUUCAGGAUAUAUGUGUUCUUUGUUAACUGAUUCACAUCCUUUUGACGCCUCACUAGUUUUGUACUGUUUUGCAUCUUAUUUCCGAAGAUCUUUUUAUGGUGUAUCCUGUUAAAAAGGGGGCAGCGAUGUCAUAGAAAGCAUUUGUGCACUCUUUCAGAUAUAGUUGGGUAAUCCAAGAACCUUAUAUAUUGAUCUUCGUGUUAAUAGUUGAGUACAGUAAGUGUUCUAUCAAGAUUGUCCAUGUUUCCCUGUUUCUUGAUAAAGAUGGUGUAUAGAAACUAUUUCCCCUUAAAUAUUUAUGGACCAAACGGUUGUUAUAUAUCUUAUUAAAUUUGUGUGAAUAAAAAUACUUUGCUUUAAA